ACCCGCGACAAACAACGUUUUUGGAGGAGGCCCAUAUUUUUGGUGGACGACGAUAUACGAAUCACCCUUUUCCGAAAGAGAUCUCCUACCAUUUUUCAACGGUUUCUCUCUCGUAUCAUCUCUCUCUCUCUCUCUCUCUCUCUCUCUCUCUCUCUCUCUCUCUUCAGGUUCCUCUCUCCCACGCACACUUUCUCCGCUUUUCUUCAAACACCAGUUGUGGAAGAUAUGAAUUGGGUUCAGCGAAAGGUCCACCUUUACAAUGUGACAUUUGGGCUUUAUAUGUUGGAUUGGUGGGAGCGUUGUACUUUCAAUAUUUUGGUGAUUGUAUUAAUGUGUUUUGUAGUACGGUACAUUACCCAGUUCGUCAAGAGGUAUAUCUUUUUAUGGUAAGAAGUAGAAUAAUUUUCAAAUGAAGAUGCCAAUGUAGAUCAUACUACUUGAAGAUUUAAAUUAGUUGCAGCUUGUGUGUUUGGCGUAGCUGGUUUGGUAUGGACUGACUUUGAAGUUUAUUAAAGAUGCCAAAGAAAUUUGUGAUGCACGUGCUUGUGAUAGACUGUCACGAAUCUUAUUUAAACAUUUAUUUGCUUAUAAGCUUGUUUAUAAUGCUGGUUGGUAUUUUUUACGUUAUAAUAAUUAUUUGAGAUGUUAAUUUCUAAGAGCUUUGAGCAUUUGAAAGUGUGCUCCUUUAGAAUGCUAAUAAAAGGUCUGGCAACCCCAGGUGAUCGAACCGCUGAUGCUAAAGAAACUUAACUCUCUUUAAAAAAAGUUGUAUUUUCUGAAUUGAAGGAUUUAUUGAGAGAAAUUUACAUGGGACUUUUACUUAA